AUGCUAGACUUACUUUCUAGCAUCCCUGCCACCAUUCAACAUGGUCUAGACUCUGCUCCUAAUAUCCUCCUACUAUCCAUCACCCUCCCCAUCUUCCUUUGCUUUAUUUUCCUUCUCCCCUACCUCAACCCCACACCUCCGCCCCCAAAAGGCUGCCGCAGACUGGGUCUCUCUCCAUCGCAGCGCUCCAACUUGCAUGAUGAAUACUCACCCAAAUACAUCCACGGCGUGCCCAGCACUGCCACAGAGCCUGAAUCUGGGAUUCCAGCCUGGCGUAUCAAAGCGCUGUUCACGUACCCGAUCAAGAGCUGCGCAGGAGUGGAGCUCGAGGCAGCGGAUGUGAUAGAGACGGGUUUGAUGUAUGAUCGGCUGUUUUGUUUUGCGGAGUUCUUCCCUUCACCACAUCCUGCCACCGCUAGCACCAACACAUCAACCUCAACAUCAAAUGAGAAAGAAAAUGAUGAGGCGAAUGGAACCUGGACAGCCCGCACCCUCCGAGACCGCGACUUCCGACAGCUCGCCCUCCUCCGUCCAGAGAUCUGGAUUCCUGAUCCAUCGUCACCUACAUAUUCAGCCACAAAUCCAGAGACAUUAUCAAACGGCGUCCUGCUAAUACACUACCCCCUCCCACCAUCUCGCAACCCCCUAAUUACCCUGCUAAGAACCCUGCACAUCCUCGCAUCCCAAUCAUCCUUCACCAUCCCCCUCGACCCCCGGCCUAACUCAUCAACACAAUUCCCCCUCACCCCCGUCAAGAUCUGGAAAGACAUCCCUCUCGCACACAAUUACGCCCACCUCCUCCCCGCAACCCUGAAAGAUCUUCUAACAUACGACACCACCCUCCCACCCCAUCAACGGAGAAAGCUCUCCCUGUUCCGCGCAAGCACCACUCACAGACGAGAGAUCUACCGCAAUGCCCCUCGCAAAGAAAAUAUAGGCUUCCAGCCCGUGACUGGCUUCGCGGAUGCGUAUCCGAUCCAUUUACUCAACAUGGCGAGCGUGAGAGAUGUUGCGGCCAACUGUGCGGACGAGAUUUUCGAGUUGAGUGUGAGGCGAUUUAGGGCGAAUGUGAUUGUUCAGGGGCCGGGGAAGUUUGUGGAGGAUGAAUGGAAGAGGAUAGUUAUUGGAGAUUCCUCUGGCGAUGGAGUCGAAAUCUACACAGCAUGCCGCACCAUCCGAUGCAAAUUGCCCAAUGUAGAUCCUGAUACCGGGGUACGACAUCCCCGGGAGCCGGACCGGACGUUGAAGAGGUAUAGACGCAUUGAUGUGGGGGAUUUGACGAAUGCGUGCUUGGGAAUGCAGUGUGUUCCUGCAGUUAAAGAAUUUACCUUGCGUGUCAAUGAUCCUAUUACGGUGUUGGAGACAGGCGAGCAUUGCUAUAUCAAGAUGUUGGCGCCGGGGGAGAAGGUUGAGGGGGUAUAA